CACCCACAGAAGCACAGACGGCAGACGCACUCACCCACUCACGCACUCACCCCUCUCCUCUCGAGCCUCCACUCUCACCUCUCACGUCUCCAGUCUCACUCACCUCGAGCUUCCGGCGCAACUUCCGUCCAGCCAUCGCCGCCGUCGCCACUUCCGUUGUGCUAACGUCAGCUAGCUCUGUUCGCGCAGCCACGAACCGUCGCGAAGUCAGCCUUCGAAAAUCGCAGCCACCGCAGGGGAGGAGGGAGCCUCUGCUGCGUCGCUGCCGUGCCUCCAUCGCUGCCAAUCCAUCACCGCCGCUGAUAGGGUUUGUUGGAGCUGCGCAAAGCCAUCGUCGUCGCUGUCACGUGAGGAAGGAAGCGAGAGAGACCGAAGCUGCGAGAGAGGAGAAGUCACCCCCGCCGAAAGCCGCUGCUGAAGACCCCAUGAUAAAAGCGAUUCAAGACAAGAAAGUGCUGCAACACCACCAUCUACUGUUCUACACGCCACCAGUUCUAGAUUCUCAUCACUGCCGUGGCACUCAACAGUCACCUCAUCGCUUCGUUUCACUAACCUAUUCCUAUCUACAAUCCUCUAUCUUCUUCUCAAGUUUCAACUUACUCUUUUCAAGUGGCAAUUGUGUUGAUUUCAGGAACCAAAGUAUAUAAGUAUUUAACCACAGUUGACAUCUUUCACGUUGAGAAUUCACCGGCAGAAAGAAGAACUUAGAACUGAUGACUACCACUGGGACACUCAAGUCUUCUAGUUCUGAAUUGGAUCUUGAUCGACCCAACAUCGAAGAUUACCUGCCAACAGGAUCCUCCAUUCAACAAGAACCUCAUGGAAAGCUUCGCCUGCAUGAUUUGCUCGAUAUUUCUCCUACUUUAUCUGAGGCAGCUGGUGCUAUUGUAGAUGACUCAUUCACAAGAUGUUUCAAGUCAAAUCCUCCUGAACCAUGGAACUGGAAUGUUUAUUUAUUCCCUUUGUGGUGUUGUGGAGUUGUAUUUCGAUAUUUGAUUCUGUUUCCGGCAAGGAUUCUGGUGCUAACAAUAGGAUGGAUAAUAUUUCUUUCAUCCUUCAUUCCAGUGCACCUCCUAUUGAAGGGACAAGACAAGUUGAGGAGAAAUAUUGAGAGAUCGUUGGUGGAGAUGAUGUGUAGUUUCUUUGUUGCAUCUUGGACUGGGGUUGUCAAGUACCAUGGGCCAAGGCCUAGCAGGCGACCGAAACAGGUUUUUGUGGCCAACCAUACUUCCAUGAUUGAUUUCAUUAUCUUAGAACAGAUGACAGCAUUUGCUGUUAUUAUGCAGAAGCAUCCUGGAUGGGUUGGACUAUUGCAGAGUACCAUUUUGGAGAGCGUAGGAUGUAUUUGGUUCAAUCGUACAGAGGCAAAGGAUCGAGAAAUUGUGGCGAGGAAAUUGAGGGAACAUGUCCAGGGAGCUGACAAUAACCCUCUUCUCAUAUUUCCUGAAGGGACUUGCGUAAAUAAUCACUAUACAGUUAUGUUCAAAAAGGGUGCCUUCGAACUUGGAUGCACAGUUUGCCCAGUUGCAAUAAAGUAUAAUAAAAUUUUUGUUGAUGCUUUUUGGAAUAGUCGAAAACAAUCUUUCACUAAGCAUUUGUUGCAGCUAAUGACAUCAUGGGCUGUUGUUUGUGAUGUUUGGUACUUGGAGCCACAAAAUCUGAAGCCUGGAGAAACACCCAUUGAGUUUGCAGAGAGGGUAAGAGACAUAAUCUCACAUCGUGCUGGCCUUAAAAAGGUUCCAUGGGAUGGAUACCUGAAGUAUUCUCGUCCUAGCCCGAAGCAUAGAGAACGAAAGCAACAGAACUUUGCGGAGUCAAUGCUACGGCGUUUGGAGGAAAAAUGAUGUGUAUCUUCUGUAAAUUUUCAUACGGAAUUCUCCAACCUUUUUUUAUUUAUUAUUAUUUAUUAUUUUUUUGGAUAUGCUGAUAUUUACAUUUUUGUUUGUUACAAUAUGUUUAGAUUACUGAAUAAGAUAGUUGUCUGGUAAAAUGUUCCGUGGGUGGUUGAUAUCUUGUACAAACAUGUUGAAAGCUAGAUAUCCUUUUUAGGGAUGAAAAGUUUUGAUGGUGUUUCUAUAUCUGAAUGUUUACAUGUCUUUUGA